CCUUCUCCAGAGAUGACCUCGCAAACAAUACAGGAGCGUGGCAAGUGGGACAGCAAGACAGAGUUUAUCCUCUCUACUGUCGGUGCCAUUAUUGGACUGGGAAAUGUGUGGAGAUUUCCUUACUUGUGUUACAAGAAUGGUGGUGGUGCAUUCUUUAUUCCUUACAUCCUGUUCCUUGUGACGUGUGGCAUUCCGCUGUUCGUCCUGGAGAUAGCACUGGGUCAGUACACCAGUCAGGGGGGAAUCAUGUGCUGGAGGAAGCUCUGCCCCUUGUUUGAAGGCAUUGGAUACGCCAGCCAAAUUAUCCUUUUCUAUGGGUGUAUCAGCUACAUGGUGAUCUUGGCCUGGGCUUUCUUCUACCUUUUCGCCUCACUAUCUGGAGAGUUGCCAUGGGCCACUUGUAACAACACAUGGAACACAGAUGCUUGUGUGGUAUUAAACGACUAUAACCACACUGCUAACUGGACCUCAUCACUGAAUAUGUCAUCGUCUGUUCUAGAGUUUUGGCAACGACGGGUGUUAAAUAUAUCCACUGGCAUCGAGACCCUGGGAAAUAUACGCUGGGACCUUGCUUUGUGCCUUCUGCUGGCCUGGAUCAUCUGCUACUUCUGUGUCUGGAAAGGAGUGAGGUCCACAGGAAAGGCUACCUACUUCACAGCCACGUUUCCCUUAGUCAUGUUAGUGUUGCUGCUUCUCAGAGGGGUGACGCUUCCUGGAGCCCUCCAUGGCAUCAAGUACUACCUGUACCCCAACCUCGCACGGCUCGCCGACCCUCAGGUUUGGAUGGAUGCUGGAACACAAAUAUUUUAUUCCUAUGCUAUAUGUUUGGGAUGUCUCACUACGUUUGGGAGCUACAACAAGUACAACAACAACUGUUACAGAGAUUCCUUCUAUCUGUGCUUGUUGAACAGUGGCACCAGCUUUAUUUCUGGCUUUGCCAUCUUCUCAAUUUUGGGCUACAUGUCACAGAAACAGGGCAUCGAUAUCUCGACAGUUGCUGAGUCAGGCCCCGGCCUUGUCUUCAUAGUGUACCCACAGGCUGUGACUCUCCUGCCGUGGCCUCAGGUCUGGUCUGUGUGCUUCUUCGCCAUGAUCAUCUUGUUAGGAAUAGACGGUCAGUUUGCUGGGCUCGAGAGCAUCAUGACCUCUUUGGCAGACAUCUACCCUUCCCAGAUCCGGAGAGGAUACCGCAGAGAGCUUCUCCUGAUGCUCAUCAGUGCUCUGUGUUAUGUGUUAGGUCUCUUAUUGGUGUCAGAGGCCGGAGCGUACAUCCUGCAGAUCUUUGAUCACUACGUGUGCAGUGGUCCCACUCUGCUGCUGAUGGCAAUAUUCCAGUCAGUCAUCAUUGGGUGGAUUUAUGGUGCUGAACGCUUCAGUAACAACAUUGAGGACAUGAUCGGGUACAAACCUCUGUCCCUGUUCAAGUUCUGCUGGAUGUAUGUGACCCCUCUCAUUUGCAGUGGCACACUUGCAUUUCUCGUCCUGAGAUACACCCCGCUGAGGUUCAACAACUCGUAUGUGUAUCCAUGGUGGGCUUACUGGAUCGGCUGGUUCCUGUCCUUAUCGUCUCUUGUAAUGAUUCCAGUCGUCAUGAUCUGCAAACUGGCCAGAGGAAAAGGGACUCUGUGGGAGCGUAUCAGGACGAGCUGCCGGCCUGCAGACGACCUUCCCGUGAUGACAAAGGAAAUGACAAACAUCAAUUCUACUCUAUUUGAUUGCAAUGGUGGAAGAAAGAGCGAUAAAUAGUGGAAUGUCACUUUGACAGUAAUUUCUUUUUUUUCUUUUGAGGAAUUUGUACGGCACAUUGUUUACUACAUUAGAAUGAUUAGAAUUUGUUAGAGCUAUUUUUAUCUAGUUUGUUUGGCUCCUUCUGAUUUUGGGAUUUUGGAUCAUUUGUUUUAUUUACACUAGUUUUGUUAGUAUUUUCCUUCUUUAAUCUUUUGUUUUGUUCUGUUACUUUCUUGGUCGUGGUGAACUGGUAUUUUAUUUAUUCCUUUUUGGUUUACAUUGGAAAACGGGAACUUGAGGUCAUGUAUAGAACCAUCAUGCCACUGGUUGGACCUUUGGAAGCAGGAAGCAUCAUCUCUCUUUGUUCUUCUCUAAGCUCGCUUGUUUUCAACACACUCAUCAAAGGAAAACUUGGAAGGUGCAUUAGUUUGCCUGUAAACCACAUCCUCCUCAGUGGCUUCUGGGUUUUAUGUUGGAUUAAGUUUGUCGCCACACCGGUAUUAAUACAUGAUUUACGAUGAAGAUAUAUAUUGGAAUAUAGAACAGUUUAUGAAAUGCUUAUAUAAAUAUGUUGUUAGAUGACAUUGUGACAGAUACAGUAUAUACAAAAUAGUAGUUGCAAACUUUUUCCUGCAACGCAAAUCUAAAAUACCUCAGAGUUAACAAUAUUACAGUGUUCACUUGCAAAAAUGGGACACUUUUAUACCAGUGCUUCCAAUGGGUGGAGCAUUAUCAAAUGUUUUAAAAAGCAAUGUGAUUGCUACUGUGAAAAGCUCCUGACACUAUCGACACCAUCAACAUUGUCUAUCAUUACUGGUUUUUCCAAUUACUUUUUUACUGUAAUGAUUUGAGCUCAAUGUAAAAUGAGCCAAAACAAAUUUAACAGCAGCGUUGUCUUUUAAAAAAUAUAUUGUUGGCAUUGUUAGUAUUCAAAGAACUCUAUUUUAUUACACAUAUUUUCUUUGUGAAAUCUUACUAUUUUACAUAGUUAGCUAAAUAUGCAAGGACCAAGUUAAGCCAAAUACAUUUACCUCCUUGGGCCUUCAAAUGAGUAUCAAGCCAUUUGCUGCUAGAAUGUGUCACAAACCUUAUUGUGCCAUAAACAGUUAUUUAUGACUUGAAAUUUGUUUAAUAAAACUUUCCAGUGCAAAAUUUGUGUUUCAAUUAUUAUGUGUAUGAAU